AUGGCAUCAUCAGUUAAGGCCGUCCAAACGUUCGGCAAAAAGAAAACCGCGACCGCUGUUGCUCACGCUCGCGAAGGCCGCGGACUCAUCCGUGUCAAUGGCUCCCCCAUCAACCUUGUCCAGCCUGAAGUCCUCCGUCUCAAGGUUUACGAGCCCGUUCUCGUCGCUGGCGAGGAGUCGUUCGCCCCCCUCGAUAUCCGUGUCCGUGUGAAAGGAGGAGGACACACUUCACAGGUGUAUGCCAUCCGCCAGGCCAUCGCUAAGGCCAUCGUCGCUUACUACGCCAAGUACAUCGACGCCUACAGUGCCAUGGAGUUGAAGAAGAAGUUGGUGGCUUACGACCGAACUCUGCUGAUUGCUGACCCCAGACGGAUGGAGCCCAAGAAGUUCGGUGGUCAUGGUGCCCGUGCCCGCAGACAGAAGAGUGUUAAGAUCAUUGUAAUCUCGGGAAAAGGUGUGACCGUGACACAUUCAAUGGAUGCGCCUCCUUCGUCCCAGGCGACCCAAGCGGAUGCUCCUCAGAUAUUCCGCAAUUCAGAUGGUUCCUCUCUGCCCAUCUUUACGGAGGCCGGGGGCAUAAGCGGUCGCCCCAAGUUUAUUAGACGAUUGAAAAAGUAUGGCGCAUUCAUCUGCAGCGAUCCUAAAGAAGCAGAGAUUAUCCUCGUUAAUCAAGACACAACUCAAGGACGACAAUUUAUUCGCGACUGGGGCACAGACGACACUAAGGUUGUGUUGCAUUACACUUGGGUCACUAAAUCUAUCGAGCAGGAGAGGCCUCUUCUUGCUGAUGACAAUUGGGGAGGCUGCAAAACGCGUGAUGAUGGGUUACCGAUCGGAGAGGAUGGCGUUGAAGACGAAGACAUUCGGAACUUUAAGCCGGUUGAGGUUAAAAAGCCAUCUUCUCGUGUAUCGGAUUAUGAUCGUCAUACACCCUUCUCCCAGUUGCAACAAAGUGCACGAACGUCCAUGCCACCACCCGCAGCCUCGACGUCUCCUACAGACAGUCGGUCAAUGACGCCUAUGAGUGUAUCCCAGUCGCAACUUUCCCAAGUCCCAACACCUGCUAUGGCAAUGCAAGCCAUGGCAAUGGCAAACCCCAUGGCUCAGAUGCAAUUUCCCAUGCAAAUGCCCGGUAUGGUAAACCCCAUGGUAAACCCCAUGAUGAACCAAAUGCUUUUCCAGCAAAUGUUCAAUAACAUGAUGAUGAGCGCCACGGGUGGUCAAUUUAAUGAAGAUGCAUUCAAAUUGGCCUUGGCAGACAUAGUCACCAACAAGAUGCCUGGAUCACAGUUGCAAGCUUCAACAUUUAAUCGACAAGAAACGCGUUCCCCUUCACCCGUGCCUGAACAAGCAUUGCCUUUUCCUGAAGUCCCGCGAAAAUUGUCGCACCGUCGCAUGACGAGCGAAUCAUCAGACUCGCCUCCUCUUUCUAGAAUGUUGGACAAAAAAGGUAAACAUAAAGAAGGCACUCCUCCUCCAAAGCGUCGUAAGGUGUUGGGGUCACCUUCAACCAACACAAGCAAUGAUAUGAAGGCCAAAAAGUCUGCUGGAACGACUGCAAGUUCAUCAAAGGGAAAAAUAUUCACUACAUCCGGUCGACCACUGUCUUUCUUUGUCCAAAUAGAUCUUCACAAUCGUUUCAACGUUGUAGAUGCUAUUAAGAAAAAUGGGGGUCUUAUAGAGAAAGACCACGAACUCGCGGAUUAUGUUGUCCUUUAUUCCGCCAACAAGGUACAGAAGACAUUUAACGAACUCUUGCGUGCUGCCCAGCUUGCGGGGAAGACUGCAGUCCCGUCGAAAUAUAUCUAUGAAUGUGUCGAAAAGGGAAAACUGCUUUCUCCCUCACAAUAUGAAUUCGAUAAUGUGGUGGGGGGAAAGCGGAAGAGACCAAGCACGGCUGCAGUUGUUGAUGAAUCAGAUGAUAUUGCCAGGAAAGCAGAGGAAAAACGGUUGCUUCGGAAUCAACAGCAGAAUGAACGGAGGAAGCAACGCCUUUUGGAAGUGCGGGCUCAAGCGCCGAAAGCUGCAUUGUCAGAAGUGGCGGCAAAGAAAGCUAUGCUGGCUGAAGGCUUAAGAAAAGCAGAAGAGAAGGCUGCCGCUAAGGCAAAAAUGAUGGAGGCCUCAAACUCUGCAUCCAUAUCAAAUGGUGCCAUGGAGGGUCCUCCAAGUCCUCCUGUUCCUCCAGAGCAUACACGGAGGUUAGGCGGUCAAGGCUACGCGUUUACCUUGGAAGAAAGACAGUUUGCUGCUAGAUCCUGGAAAACACAUCUUGUGAAAGACUUGGGGAAGGACAUGGAUGCAUGGCGCAAACGGGCCAGUAUAGCUUUUAGGAAAUCUCUGCGCCUGUCCCAAGUUGGCUCGUCUUCCAGCGUAGUUGAAAGUCCUAUGGAUGAAGAAUCACCACCGAGGACGAGUGUUACGCCCAUCCCCCAUGAUUUUAUCCCUUCGCAGAUUGCCCAUCCCAAUGGUCAUGUCAACCCCAGUACCCGUGAUGGAUUAACAGAGGAAGAAUUUAAAUUGCUAGAAGAGGACGACCUCAAUGUUAUCUCUCAAUUUUUUGCACAGACUGAUGACACAGAAGACGAAGAUGAGGUGUGGUCUCGAUUGGGGUCAACAUAUCCAUGCCAGACACGGAGCAAUUGGCAAGAAUUUUAUCAAGCACACUAUGAAGAAGUUCAACGGCGUUAUGCCGAGAUUAGUAGCAAGGAAAGUAAUCAUUGA